CUUUGUUCAUUUCAUUCCAUCUCCUAUAUACAAGACAUACAUACCGAUUGAGGAUUGAUUUGGGACGACACUGUUAGCUUGAGCUAGAGAGGUGCUCACAGCUGUGAUAGGAGAGCAUUGACAAUGCCUCCGGCAUCUCUGGCACCGUUGAGGUCACUGACGCUCGCAAGGCUAGUCGGUGCACCCACUGGACCCUUGAGAUUCCCUUACCACCGCGUCCCCGCUUCCAGCAAAGAGCCAUCAUCUCUCUUGGUCCAAUUCCGUCAAAACGUUCGGUUUAACAGUAGUAGCACCAACAGCACACCCAUUCCGGAACCUGUAGUGGUCACGCCCAUCUCGCCAAACUCUCGAUUCAGCCGACGUCAUCCAUUCACUGCGUUUUGCCUUCGACUCGGUAUCUCUUCGGUCCUCGGUGUCGGCCUUAUCGUCGGCUGUAUCCUGCUACAUGACGCUUUCACCUAUUCUGAACGACAUGCCGAUCGUGUCCCUGCCAACCCACUCUCUUUGCAUCCUAGAAGGGGUGGAAAGAAGAACUUGCCAAUUAUCGAAGCGAAUCUCGACGAUGAGCAGGAUGAGGUCACUCGAAGUUUGAAGGAAAAGCCAAGGCUGGUCAUUGUCGGUGGUGGAUGGGGAGCUGUCGCUCUGCUUCAAUCAUUACCGACUCAAUCCUACAACGUCACCUUGAUUUCUCCCCAGACCUACUUUGCUUUCACUCCCCUUCUGCCAUCCGCUUGUGUCGGUACCGUCGAAAUUCGAUCUCUUGUCGAACCUAUACGCAAGCUUGUCGCUCGUGUCCGUGGGCAUUAUCUCAUGGGUGCGGCAGUAGACGUCGACAUGUCGGAACGUUUGCUUGAGAUUGAGGUUUAUGAUGAUGAUAAGCAACAACCGACAAGAUGCUAUGUACCCUACGAUAAACUUGUCAUUGCUGUCGGGUCAAAGUCGAACGAUCAUGGUGUCAAGGGAUUAGAACAUUGCUAUCAGCUCAAAACCGUACCGGAUGCCCAGGCUAUCAGGAGGAAGAUUAUGAGUAACCUUGAGAAGGCUGCUCUGCCCACUACGACACCUGAGGAACGCAAGACCCUGCUGUCAUUUGUUGUCUGCGGUGGUGGACCUACGGGUGUGGAAUUCGCCGCCGAGCUCAGUGACAUGAUGGCCGAGGACGUCUUGAAAUACUACCCUCGCAUCCUGGACAGUGAAAUCUCAGUCAAGGUUAUUCAGAGUCGGGACCAUAUCCUCAAUACGUACUCUGAAAAGAUUUCGGAAUACGCAGAGGCGAGAUUCAAGCGCAACGAUGUCAAUGUGAUUGUGAAUGCUAGGGUACAAGAGAUCACCCCUGACAAAGUGGUCAUUUCGCUCAAAUCUGAAAAGGAGGGAGAGGCUCCAAAGAUUGAGGAGAUCCCCGCUGGAUUCGUUCUCUGGUCAACAGGAAUUGCUAUGCAACCGUUCACUCGUCGUUUGGUCGAGCUGCUGCCGAACCAGUUCCAUUCCAAGGCAGUUCAGGUCGACGCCUUCCAACGUGUAGAAGGAGCACCAAAGGGUACGAUUUAUGCGAUCGGGGAUAGCGCUACUCUUCACGUCGACAUGUUGCAGGAUUUGCUUGAGUUAUGGGAUAGAUACAACAAGAACUCCGAUGACUCGAUCGAUUUUGAGGAGUGGCAAUUGAUGGCUGCAGAGAUCAAGAAACGUCACCCGUUGACGAAGACAUACCUCUCCAAGCUCCAAGGCAUUUUUGAGGAAUAUGACAAGGACCACGACGAAAAGCUCAGUCUUAACGAGGUCGCCGCCAUGUUCCAAGCUCUAGGCAAGAAGGUUACGUCGCUUCCGGCAACUGCUCAGGUUGCCGCUCAACAAGGCAAAUACCUCGGUAAAAUGUUCAAAAAGCUUGCACAGCAAAACCAGACUCUGAGGGAGAAUGGCAUGCCUGAUUUGGACGACGAAGCGUACUAUAAGCCAUUUGACUAUAGACAUCUUGGAAGUCUUGCAUACAUCGGAAACUCGGCUGUGUUCGACUACCAAGGCUGGUCUGUCACCGGAGGAUUAUUAGCCAUGUAUGCUUGGCGAUCGAUUUACUGGUCAGAGCAGACUUCUAUGAGGACUCGCGUGCUCUUGAUGAUCGACUGGAUCAAACGAGGGAUCUUUGGUCGAGAUCUAUCCAAAUUCUAGACCGAUCAAGCGAGCAGGGGUAUCGCCUUUGUAUCAUUCUCCUUUGGCAGUGUACCGAGAGGCACAUGCAACUUAUAGAUCCGA